GGGAGCGUGACCCCGGGUAGAGACCUGAAAUUAAAAAAUUCGACUUACGCGGACGAACUCACCGAAACUAAAUGUCUGUGUUUGAACGGUUUCACGGGUGAUCACUGUGAGAUCAACGUUGAUGAUUGCUUGAAUAAUCGCUGUGCAGCUGGUAGUACGUGUAUCGACGGAGUCGGCAAAUACACGUGCAAAUGCCCGCCCGGGAAACUGGGUCUCCUCUGUCAACUGGACGAUCCCUGUACUGCUAAACCAUGUAAAAGUAACUCUGAAUGUAUCGUGAACACGGCUAGUGGUGAGUUUGAAUGCCGUUGCCGAAAGGGUUUCACUGGACCAGAUUGCUCUGAAGAUAUAAACGAGUGUGCACUGGUUAGUGAGAGUAAACUCGUGAAUUUGCUUUGA